CCGGCGGGCAACAUUAUUGCACACCUUCGCCGGGCUUGCCUCCGUACCAUCCUCUACUUCACCAGCUCAACCAACCAAUGUCUGGCCCCCCUCCCCCCGCACCGCCGUCUGCGCCCCUGCCUUCCGGUGCACAUCAUGCGCCAUCGACGACAUCUAGCGAUCGUGCCCUCUAUGGGCCUCCUCCUAAUAAUGAUCCGAUACUUCAAUUGAUGAGCUUGAUUAGAGAACAAUUCGUGAGACAGGAGCAGAGAGAUGCGGAGAGGGAGGUUAGAGAUGCGGAGAGGGAGGUUAGAGAUGCGGAGAGGGAGGUCAAGCAGGCGGAGAGGGAAUCUAGACUGAAUGACACUUUGGCGGGUAUGCAAGCAUCGAUGGCGGGUGUGCAAGCAUCGAUGGCGGGCUUGCAGGCCUCAGUGGAUAAGCGGGGCGAUACUUUGCAGCAGGGGUUUGGAAGAUUGGCAAACCUCUUGACAAAUGGUUUUGCAUCUAGGUGAACUUCAGUAGGCCUACGACAAGUCUCGGGAUUCAAUGAAGAUAACUUCUGUCAUGAGAAAUACUGUACAUCAAACCACCACCAUCGAGUCUCUAUGUACG